UGGUUUGAUCCGGGACAACCUGAAGCAAAAGCGGGUCAACUCGAAGCCAGGAGGGGGCUUCCAGGUCACAGUGCAGGAAUGCCAGAGAGUGGAAAGUGGAGGAUGACCGACAAAGGACGCCCGAGUACGUUUUCACUUCAAGCUCUACAGGAGAGAAUCAGCUUCCUGUCUGGGUACCCACAAGACAUCUUAAGCUGUGCCAUGAGACAGAGUCCAAGGAAGAGGAAAAGACCUCAGAAUGUCUCUGCGCCCCCAGUUCGUCAGACGGCUCAGAUGAACAUCUCUGUUGAGCAGAUGGAAACCAGUAAAACUCCCCAAGCAACUCCACCGACCUGGGGGCAGGUGAAGAGACUGGCUCACAUUGCAGAAGAGAACCUGAGGUCUCAGAACAAGCCGCUGACCACCAGUAAUCUAAUGGUAGCUAUGAUGGCGGUAAUCUCCUUGGUGGAGAGACUUCCUGUAGCAGAGGCAGAUCGAAAUUACACCUAUUCUGCCUACAUUCCAUUCCCACCACCGAUUAGGCCCGUUACAUGGUUAGACGCCCCCGUGGAGGUUUAUGUUCAUGACAGUGUCUGGAUGCCUGGACCAACAGAUAACUGAGGUCCUGCUCAUCCAGAGGAGGAAGGAAUGUUAACGAAUGUUUCUAUUGGUUAUCGCUUUCCUGCCAUCUGCCUGGGGCCAGCAGCAGGAUGUUUAAAUUAUGAUACACAAAGUUGGAUGGUUUAUGUUCCUGCACAUAACGGAUCAAAAGCCUUUAUUCAUGCAAUCAGUGGAAGAACAUUUCAAUCUUUGGACACUAUUAAAUACCUUGAGCAUGGCUAUGUUGUGACACAUCGCCAGAUUAAUAAAUUUAAACCUAAUAAGAACCUCCUGUUAUUAAAUGGUCAGAAAAGCUAGAGGUGCUGACCUGGGAAGAUUAUAUUGCAAACAGUGCUGCUGUACUACAAAAUAAUUCCUAUGGAAUCAUCAUUGAUUGGGCCCCUAGGGGACAAUUUGCAGCAAAUUGUAUUGGACAGAGUGAAGAUUGUAGAGAGACUAUUUUGCAAACGACUACCCAGAUAAUGCACCAAAAUUACAUAGAAGAAUUGAAACAAAUUACCCUAUUAAGUGGGAGGAGAACGGUAUGGCUCCUCCAAGCCCAAAAAUUAUUGAUCCAAUUAUAAGCCCAGAACAUCCAGAAUUGUGGAAAUUAAUGACGACUCAAAGCCCAAUUCAGAUUUGGAAAGCAGAAUGUAAAACAGAGACCCAUAGUAAGAAACUUCGAUUUGUUGUAGCUGUGACCUCGAAUCAGAUGGUCCCAUUGCAGAGUUGUGUUAAACCUCCUUUUAUGUUGGCAGUGGGAAAAAUUAAUAUCUUACCUGACUCUCAAACCA